AUGGCACCCAAGCGCUGGACGACAAACGAGGAAUACGCCUUCUUAUCAUCCUACAUUGGUGCAUAUAGGACUGCGCAGGCGGGGGGCACCGCCGUCUUUGCCUCGUUCUGGCCACCCUUCUUUGAAAAAUGGUUCUUGAAGUUCAGUAUUGACGACGAAGACCAACGGCGGCAGCAAGCUGCCAAAGAAAACACCGGCGCCAGCAACGAUAUUGAUGAUGGCCUCGGCAAUGACGAUGACACGGUCGAUACUGAGGUGACAGAGCCCGCAGGUGUUCAGACGGAGGAACAGGGUAUACGAGGAGAGAAAAUUAGGAAAAAACAACAGCAAUUAAGGACGUGGUUUCGCAAUAACUCGCGUCUUGACGCGCGUCCGAAGACUGCUUCGUUCCUGGACACCAUUGCAAGCAACUUGGGGAAACAAAGUCAGCCGCGUACUCGGGCUCGUCGCCCUGUAGAGCUCUAUUCCAAAAGCCGGUAUAAAUCAGACGGUAUCAAGGCAAAGGUCGACCAACGGAUGAUUGCCGAAGCGCCAAAAGACAAAGUCGAGGUUAAAGCAGAGAUGAAGCGCCGCUGGGCGAAGAUCUACAAUGAGGAGAUAGGCGAAGCCUGGAGGUCCGUUGACCCAGCAGUGCGCAAGGAGACUGAGGAGAAAGCCAUCAGGCUUGCUCAGGAAGAGAGGGAGGCGCAGACGCAGGAAAACGAGGCUGCCCCCUCCGCAACAGACGCAGUGGUGGCCUUGUCACCAGCAGAAUCUCAACGGCAUAUUCAGUUACUCCCUGUCCUCAUCCCAUCGCUUCUCCAGCAGCUGCGGGCGAAGACUGGCUGGGCCUUCACUGUCCUUGCAGGAGGGCCGCUUCCCAUAGCUAACGGGGAUAUCGACGUUUGCGCCUUUCACAUUGGAGAGACUGCGUUGGGAAACUCAUUCGGCCACGCAUACGGAGACUUUCAGGAAGGCAUCCUCAGGCCAUAUACUGAGUUCGUAAGGCUGGCCUUCAAUGCUGAAACACGCCAGGCGUCUGCUUUGAAUCCGCCCCCUAAUUGGUCUCUUGCCCCCGACCCGACUUCGGCUGCCAAGUCCACGUCCCCAUCGGAUCAGACCGCUGUCAAAAGUCCCCCUCCAGUUACCCAACUGCCGGUCCCUACCUUUCCGUGCUCCAACAACCUUUUUACGCUGCCUACUGACGACGAUGGCAACCAGUCGCUCACUGCUGAACUCUUCGGAGACUUGCCCUUAUUUGAUCCUCAGAUCAUUGCCGCUCAUGCGGCCACCGACUUUAUGGCUCUGAACGAUAACAGUGGCCGGACUGCUGUGUAUGAUGGGGUGACGACUUGGGAGGCAGGACCAGUGGGCUCCUUCAACCUACAAAACCCGCUGCAGAUGACGACGGCAACUGAACAUGAAGUCACGCCCACUAAUGUACUUGCGACAGCGACGGUGAAUCUACAGACCGCACCCGCGGCGACGACUGAAGAAAACGACCCACCGUUGACCACGCCGCCAGCGCCACCCAGCCCGACGGCAACUGAACAUGGAGUUACGCCCACCAAUGUACUUGCGACAGCGACGGUGAACCUACAGACCGCACCCGCGGCGACGACUGAAGAAGACGACCCACCGUUGACCACGCCGCCAGCGCCACCCAGCCCGACGGCAACUGAAACCACGUCGCCAGCGCCACCCAGCCCGACGGCAACUGAACAUGGAGUUACGCCCACCAAUGUACUUGCGACAGCGACGGUGAACCUGCAGACCACACCCACGGCGACGGCUGAAGAAGACGACCCACCGUUGAACCUGCGGACCGCGCCACCAGCGACGAUGGAAAGAGACCAGGGAACCUCACCCACAGCGACGACUGAAGAAGAAAACCCACCCAGCCCGGCGACACUCUUAUCGCCCAACGCUCCCGAGUGGACGAGGAAGGCGGUGGAAUACAUGGUGGGCUUGGGCCUCGGGGAUCACUGGCUCAGCCUCGUGAAGAAUUGGGUGAAGCUUGAGACAAAGCUUGCCUUUGGCGAGGGCGUGGACGGCCGGGUAAGCACUACUUCCAUUGUCCGUUAUACGAAUCUUACGUUCCUGCAGAAAAUGCGGCUCCCAACUCAAGGACGACCAUUACAGCUGAAGGACUGGAUGCAAAGGCACAGGCCAUACACGUCAAAUGCUGUUCUUAUUACCGACGUUGUGGCAUUUGGCAGUGACGUGCAAAAAUGGUGGAAUACGAUGCAACCUGCAUGGCGGCGUGGUGACGGAGACACCCUUCAAGGCUAUGUACCCCCGGAGAAUGGGAACUGGGACGAGCUAGCCAAAGGCGGCGCCAACGGGCUGCUACUUCUGGUGCUUGCCAUGGGUUGGUGGGGAAAGAUAGAUAGUUCGAAUGCUUGGAAAGGUCUUGUUUGUGACGCAUUGAAAACCUUCGACGCCAUGAUGCUUGCAACGGCGCCUCUGCCUGCGCCUACGCCCUCAGAUGCACCAGAUACCUUGUUAGCGCCCGCCCAGAGGAAACGCCGCCAGAAAGCAGCAGUCGAAGAUCUUCCUGCUCCAAAGCGUACGAGGGCUCGUGGUAGAACUUAG